UAUUGUUUUGUUAAGAGUAUUAAUCUUUGUUCUGUAUGAAUGUUUUCAACUUAAAUGUCAAUAUUUUUCUGAAAAAAAUGAAAAUUCUUCCUAAGGAAGGGGGGGAAAUUGAGGAGGUAUAUUAAGGAACUUGAGCAAUGAGCAUCCUUUUAUAGGAUAAAUAGAAUGUUUGGUAAAAAAAACUUCUAUUUAUGGUAUGGUGGUUAGCAGCGGGACGUUCCUUCCAAUUUCUUAAUUUUGUUGUACUGGGGAAAGAGGCUAAAGUGUUAUCUCCUAUGGCUUAUGCGGGAUUGAUGGAGCACCAUAAAGACAUAGUAGAAUACUUCAAUGCUAGGGGUGUAUCUGCAAUAUUUUUGUUUCGAAGAAACCUGCUACGUUGGAUGGUUUCAGUUCUUUCAAAUUCCUAUGAUCGGCAUGCUAAAUUAUUGAAUGGAAUGCACAAGUCUCAUGUUCAUUCAGCAGAAGAGGCUGAAACCCUUUCAAAAUACAAGCCUACUAUAAAUUGCACAUUGUUAAUAGCUGAUCUGAAGGAGAUGGAGAUAAUGGCUGCCAGGGCUUACAACACCCGCCAUAUUGUUUUGUACUCUGAGGAUCUCGUAAAAAACGGCACACUAAGUUAUCAUGACAAUCUCUGCUGAAAUCCUGCAGAAGUCCUAAUUGUGAAGAACCUAUUAAUAAGCACAACAAGACCUAAUCACAUUCUAUAUUUUCAAAUUUGCAGAGAGAACAAAAAGGAUUGAUUUUUUUUUUCUAUUGUAAUUAGAUUCUUUUUUUUUUUUUGUUUCUAUUCUUCUUUCUGAAAAAAAGAAAAAAAGAAAAAAGGAAAAAAGGGAUUAAAAAAAAGGAAAGGAUUAUUUUGUUCCUGGUAGUUACUUCUUUAAUCGGUGGGUAGGAGCAUACUCUGGAUCAGAAUCAUGGGGAAUACUGCCUGACCAUUUUUACCAACUUAAAGUCCCAAUUAAUAUACUUUUUUAUAUUAUACAAAAAUAUCUUUUUAUAUAAUUUUUUAAAUCUCUCUUACUAAUCCUUUGUGUGCAUAGUGUAUAGGUUAUCCAAUGUAUUAUUGUAUUUGCUAUCCUCAUAUCUAAAUGAAUCCUAAAAAUUCCAUUUAGUUUAAGAUUUUCAUAACCUAUUUCAAAGUUCUGCUAUUCUAAUAACAAUAUCUAUGCAUGCCACAAGUCUGAAACCGCAUGCUUUUUAAGGUUUCAUGAAAUUUCUCCCAUCUUGAGGUACACUUUUUUUAGUGAAAAUUGUGUCAUUUUAGCCUGUAAUAGUGCACUCUUGAUAAGGAUACGAGCUGGAAGUCCAAUGUUAAUUUUGCUUACAUGCUGCAGAAACUCAAGGAUACUCAAGAAUUUCUGGGGCUUCCAUUUAUGGAGUUAAUGAACCGUCAGGUUAAAAUAUAUAAAGGUCCGUUAUCAGAUCAUACUGAGAACUGGGAUGACGUCAACAAGACACUAACCUGGUAUGAGAAUUUCCUCCAAGCUGACUGUUAAAACUGUAGAAGUCUGCUAACAUGUGGAAUGGUGCUGUGAAUACAGCUUCAACUAAUUUGUUGGGGAGGGUGCUAAUUAAGCAGUGCUAAAUGUCAUAAGCAAGUAACUUUAAGGGUUCUGGUUCAAGUCCUUAACGAGCAGUAACUUCAAGCAGAAAACCCCAAGGAUAGUAUUGCCUUCAAAUGCUUCCGUAAGAGUCAAGUUGACAAGGUCGUGUUUUUUCAAAUGAAAAUUUUGACCAUGCAGUGCUACUGCGCAUGCUUUUCUUUGCUCAACUCUCAGUUGAGCUGAAACUUAUUUUUUUUUUUCUCGAUCAUCAUCUUGUUAAUCAUAUGGAUACGGUGUAUAUGUCAGCUAAUUAAUUUCAAGAAAAUAUGAGAAAUUAUUUCAGCA